AUGGAUUUGAAUGUCAUAACAGCCACCGAAGACGCGCUCAUUGACUUUUGCAUCCAGAGAGGAGAGAAAGAUGCAUUGGUUGCUGGCGUCCAUGGGGCAAUUGUCGUCAAAGUCACCAACAACAUUGUCGCCAAAUGGGGAUGGACGGUGACUGAUGCUGAAGCAGCCAUGCAUGACUUUGCAUACAAGAAUUUAGACCAUAAUAUUGUUCGCGUGCCUCAAGUUUAUCGUUUUGUCCGAGACGACUCGGGAAGAGGAUACCUGUUCAUGGAAUAUAUUUUUGGGCAGAACUUAGCUGGCCUGGAUAUUAAUCGCCAUCAAGACAUAAUAUCCCGCGUUGCGAAAAUUGUCGAGCAUCUCGGUCAAAGACAAGCACCAGAACAGAAACCAGGUCCAAUUAGUGACCGAGGUCCUCGAGGAUACCUAUGGGGCGACGAUGGUGUGAGAAAAGCUUUCGGAUCGGUUACGGAUCUAAACGACUGGCUUAAUAGGCGUCUGACUCUGAGAAAUGACUCUAUCGAUAUAAGUCCAUACCCACUUGUUCUAUGUCAUAUGGACCUAUGUCGCCGUAAUAUGAUACUCGGAGAAGAUGGCAAAUCAAUAUAUCUGCUUGACUGGGGCCAUGCUGGAUUUUUUCCGCGCUUCUAUGAAGUAGCAACCCUGUCUUGUCUAAACCCUUAUGACGGAGACUACGAGAAACCUCUUAUAGGAGUUGUCGAGUCAUUGCUGCAGCUGACAGAUGGCGAAAAACGCGACAUGAAAAUGGUUCAUUAUGCACGUGCAGCAAGCCUGAGAUGGUCAUUCCCUGAGGAGAAUGACAACGAAUGA